AUGGAGUACCAGGUACGUAUCCUCAACAGGAAGAAGGCCGGGAGCGGGAACGAAGCCUUGCGGGCUCGCCUGCAAGGGGUCCCAGGUACGUGGUCUCAACCCGAAGAAGACGGAAGUGCGGGGUCUCAACUUGAAGAAGACGGAGGUGCGUGGUCUCAACUGGAAGAAGUGGGAGGCAGGGACAAGGCCGGAGCGCUGAUCCUCAACCAAUAUGGUGUGUGGUCUCAACUUGAAGGAGAGGACGGAAGCGGGGACAAGGCCGGAGCGCUUAUCCUCAACCAAUAUGGGUUCCCAGGUGCGGGGUGUCAACUUGAAGAGGACGAAGGCGGGGACGAGGCCCGAGCGCUGAUCCUCAACCAAUACCGGGUCCCAGGUGCGCGGUCUCAACUUGAAGCAGAGGGAGGCGGGGACAAGGCCGGAGCGCUUAUCCUCAACCAAUAUGGGUUCCCAGGUGCGGGGUGUCAACUGACGAGGUCGGAGCGCGUAUCCUCAACCAAAAUGGAGUCCCAGGUGCACAGUCUCAACUUGAAGAAGAGGGAAGCGGGGACAAGGCCCGGGGCGCUUAUCCUCGACCGAUGUGGGCUCCCAGGUGCGGGGUGUCAAUUUGAAGAGGACGAAGGCGGGGACGAGGCCCGAGCGCUUAUCCUCAACCAAUACGGGGUCCCAGGUGCGCGGUCUCAACUUGAAGCAGAGGGAGGCGGGGACAAGGCCGGAGCGCUUAUCCUCGACCAAUAUGGGUUCCCAGGCGCGUGGUUUCAAUCCGAAAAGGAUGGAAGCAGGGACAAGGCCGGAGCGCUUAUCUUCAACCAAUAUGGGCAACUUGAAGAGGACGGAGGCGGGGACAAGUCCGGAGCGCUUAUCCUCAACCGAUAUGGGGUCCCAGGUGCGUGGUUUCAAUCCGAAAGGGAUGGAAGCGGGGACAAGGCCGGCCGGGACAAGGCCGGAGCACUUAUCCUCAACCAAUAUGGGGUCCCAGGUGCGUGGUCUCCACUCGAAGAAGACGGAGGCCGGGACGAGGCCGGAGCACUUAUCCUGAACCAAACUGGGGUCCCAGGUGCGUGGUCUCCACUCGAAGAAGACCGAGGCGGGGACGAGGCCGGAGCACUUAUCCUCAACCAGUAUGGGGUCCCAGGUGCGUGGUCUCCACUCGAGGAAGAUGGAGGCGGGGACGAGGCCGGAGCACUUAUCCUCAACCAGUAUGGGGUCCCAGGUGCGUGGUCUCCACUCGAGGAAGAUCGAGGCGGGGACGAGGCCGGAGCACUUAUCCUCAACCAGUAUGGGGUCCCAGGUGCGCAGUCUCAACUUGAAGAGGUCCAAAGCGGGGACAAGGACGGAAGCAGGGACAAGGCCGGAGCGCUUAUCCUCAACCAAUAUGGGGUCCCAGGUGCGUGGUCUCCGCUCGAAAAGGAUGGAGGUGGGGAUGAGGCCGGGAGCUGGAAUGAGGCCGGAAGGGUCACUGACCCGCUUAUCCUCAACGUCUGGGAUGCCAGUGUCGUCCCCAACCUGAAAACCCGGCUGGUUCGCUUCUCCUGCCAGAGGGAGCGCUUACCGGCUGGUGCGCUCAUCCUCAACGUGUUUGGGAUGCUAGGUGCUUAUCCGAACGAAGCGAGGAGCUGGAAUGUGCUGAUUAUCAUCAGCGUGAGCGAAGCCAAGAGCUGGAUUGAGGCGAUUACCUUCAACCUGAACGAGGCGGGGAGCUGGAAUGAGGUGCUUGUCCUCAAUCCGAAUGAGGCUGGGUGCUGGAGUGAGACGGGAAAGCCCGCUUGUCCGGCUGAUCUGCUUAUCCUCAACACUUUUGAGGUGCUGCUUGUCCUCAACCCGAACGAGGCUGGAUGCUGGGAUGAGGCCGGGCGGCCCGCUUAUCCGGCUGGUUCGCUUCUCCUCACUAAUGGAUAG